AUGUGGCACAAUGUUUGUCAGGCCCCGGAAGAAACCCAAUGGCAAUUGCAGGUAGUCAUGUGGCCAAGACAACGCCCCACCCCUCCUCCAGCAACCCACGGCCAUGUUGCCGCAAAUGGCGGCCCAAGCACACACGUGUAUGGUACACUGAUCAGGACAAGAGUGCGCCAGAAGUUGCGCGAGAUCCUGCUGACACACACGUUGGAGUCAUACAGCCGGCUGCAAUCUUUCCAAGGCCAACCCUUUAUCCACUCGCCUCUCCCACUGGUCAAAGCCUACGUCCUAGAACAACCAGCUGCAUUCCGGAGGCAAAACCUGCCCCCUGGCCUGCCACUAAAUCACGACUCAAUGGCAAGCCUACUAACCUUUCUACGCUCAAUUGUGAAGCAUGAAAGAACUCAUCUUCGUAACAUGCUUCUCAUCAAUGUCAGGCAGGAGGCUCGGGCGCGUGAGCUAGGGCCUGUCCCUAAACUCUUUGAGUUGGUUGUUAAAAUAGACCGGCAAUUCCAGCCACAAGCAGCUAUGCAAAAACCUGAGGAGAUCCAAGCGCAACUGCACUGGGGGGUCAGGGUCCAAAUCGCAAUGCUUCACAUCAUCACCAUCCAUCAUCUCGCUCACCGGGCCCCUGGUGACAUGAGGUCACAAUGGGACCUUAUAGACAACCAUCUUGAGGCGGUUCGGGGGAAGAGUGAUCUUCAGAUAGCAGCGCACGCAAUACUUAUUUUGCGCCAAGACCGGGAGUUAUUCCCUGGUAAUGUCAUGUUUUUGGAUGUCCCAGUUGAAAUGGCGCGCACGGAGCAAACUUAA